AUGAGCCACCUGGAAUCCUCAGCGGAAGCUUCUACAUCGUCCCCUACGAAGCGACCGAAACCCUCGCUUGGCACGUUGCCACCGGAACUCAAGGCGAUCAUCGUCGCGAUGGUGCACGAGGUCGAUUGCGAAGCCGCGCUCGCAGCUGAGGAGGACGAUGAUGAUGACGACGACGAUCUGGUCGAGGAAGUUGUUGUGGAAGAGGAGAAGGAGAAUGUACAGCAAGCCAGCAAGAACAAGACGUCGAGUAAGGGAAAGUCGGUCGAGACGCCGCCGAAAGCCAUUAUAGCGGAGCGGAAGCCAGUUGAUGACGACGACGACGAUGAUGACGACGAUGAUGACGACGACGAGGACGACGACAGCAGCUUUGAUGGCAGGUACGCUCGCGUUUCAGUGCACAGGACGAUGUGCCAGCUUUCCCUCGUCAAUAGGGAAUUUGCCGCUCUGGCUCAGCCUUUUAUUUGGAGCGUAAGUCCCGUUUCUUAUGCGACCGCUUCGGACCCAACACUCACGCAGCUCCUCUCUACCCUCUCCAUGGACUAUACAGGCCGUUCAUAUGGACACCAAGACCCUUCCGGAUAUCUACUACUUUUAUACGACCAUCAUACCUCGACAUGGGCACCACAUUGAAGCUCUCAGCUUCUCGAUCAAUGAACAUUGCACACAAGGGCCGGAUGGCGAACACGAAGGCGACGACACGAAUUGGGAGGACAUCGAGCUCGAUGACGGCGACGACGAACCCGAAGCCGACCACCACGAGCCUUCGACCGAUGCGGAAGGUGCGCAACGGAAAAGAAAAGUGGGCCCCACAAAGAAGAAGAGCAGCAUGCACGCCGACUACAUCGAAGUUCUCGACGCCCUAGCUGCGGCAGGGAUCUGUCCCCGAACCGAGCACACCUUGUAUUGGCACAAAUACGCGAUAGCGAGGGCUUUGCUCUUCGAGGAGAUCCUUCGGAAACUUCCCAAACUCACGACGCUCGAUUUCGACCUGUUGGCCCAUUUCCCGAGAAAUGAUGGUCCUUCGGAUCCGAGGAGGGUGCCGGUCGUCGACUCCUUCCCGGGCUCAUUGCUGGAAGAGGGAGCGGUCAGCCCUCAAAUCAUCGACCUCUCCCUUUACGGCGACUCAAAUUCGAUGUUACCCUUCAACGAACUCGAAGUGAUGCUCGGCGCGUUCCCGAACUUGAAGCGACUCCACCUUGGCUUUGAGCCGACCUCGGAAGAUGACGAGGACGACGGUCCCGAAUGCUUGUACAGGGCUUUGGCCGAGAUGAAGUACCUUGAAAGCUUCACUCUCGACAAUGCGUAUUGGCUCGAUACGCGCUUCGCCAGCCACGAGUUCAAAGGCCCGCUCAAAAUCAUGGCGCUAUCCGAUGCGACAGAGAUCACGUGGGAGGCGCUGCGACGGGCCGUCGAGAAAAUGUCGGCGACGUUGGAGGUGCUCGAUCUCGACAGUUUUGCUCUUGAAUUCGCGGAUCUCUUGGACAGUGCUCAAACCGAAGGGAACGCAGAGGGUGGGGUUGGUCCACGCGAGCAGCUCCUUCGGCCGUGGAAGCUGCCCAAACUCGAUACGCUCGUCCUCGAGACGGAUCAUGACCCUGCGAUCCUGACCGUCUUCAAUGAUUGCCCCAUCAAGCAGCUUGAGCUCGGGAUGUGCGAGCUUUUCGGAUACUCUACUAUCGAAGAUUUCAUCACAACGCAUGAGUCGACGCUCAAGAGCUUGAUCGUUGUUCAAGACUCGUUCCUCACCCCGGCGCAAAUGGAAAGUCUCGAGCUGUUGGUAUUCCACAAAGGGAUCGAUCUCGUCAUCAAGGACCCCGACUCCGAUUUGGAGGACGAAGAUGACGACUAUCAAGAAGAGGACCUGGACGCGCAGUUGUACUACGACGAGAUGGGCGACGACGAGGACAACUUUGGGGACGUUUACCGCUAUCAAGGGUUUCACCAUUGGGGUUACGCUGACGGUCUCGACGGUGACGACUCGGAAGAUGGAUACGACUCUGAGGACGAGUUUGGACUUGGUGGGUCGCCCAGGUUCGCUCUUGUUGACUGA